CUCUCUCUCUCUCUCUCUCUCUCUCUCUCUCUCUCUCUCUCUCUCUCUGGCUUCGCCAUGGCAGAAGCUUCCAUCGUUCUGCAAUCGGCUCUCUUCCCAACCCUCUCUCCAUUCCAUAAGCUCCACCGCGAUCAACAUUCCACCCUCUCUUUCCCGUCGCCAGCGGUGGCGCGACGCCGUCAGGUGGUCCACUGCUCAGUCUCUGCUGGCGAGGCGAUGAGACGGGCCUCCGUUGAGGAGGAUUCUCCGGAGAUAUCAUGGGGUUGCGAGGUUGAUUCCGUGGAGAACGCGACGUCUCUGCAGAGAUGGCUCUCCGAUUCGGGCCUUCCUCCGCAGAAAAUGGCCAUCGAUAAAGUGAGCAUCGGAGAGCGAGGCCUCGUCGCUUCGAAAAACAUCAGAAAGGGAGAGAAGCUGCUCUUCGUCCCUCCCUCUCUCGUCAUCACCUCUGAUUCCAAGUGGAGCAAACCCGAGGCCGGUGAAUUGAUGAAGCGUUACGAUGUUCCAGAUUGGCCUUUGCUUGCUACUUACCUUAUAAGUGAAGCAAGCCUUGGAAAUGAUUCCGUCUGGUAUAACUAUAUCUCAGCUCUACCACGACAGCCUUAUUCCCUACUCUACUGGACUCGCGCAGAACUAGACAGGUACUUGGAAGCUUCACAGAUCCGGGAACGAGCAAUCGAAAGAGUUACGAAUGUUCUCGGAACUUACGACGAUUUAAGGAGCAGGAUAUUUUCCAAGCAUCCUCUCCUAUUCCCUGAGGAGGUUUUUAAUGUUGAGACGUUCAUAUGGUCUUUCGGUAUCCUCUUCUCACGGUUGGUGCGGCUGCCAUCGAUGGAUGGAAGAUUUGCCCUAGUCCCGUGGGCUGAUAUGCUCAAUCAUAAUUGCGAGGUUAAGACAUUCUUGGAUUAUGAUAAGUCUUCGAAGGGAGUUGUCUUUACGACAGAUCGACCGUAUCAACCAGGUGAGCAGGUUUUCAUAUCGUACGGCAACAAAUCUAAUGGAGAGCUGUUGCUGUCGUAUGGUUUUGUUCCCGGGGAAGGAACCAACCCCAGUGAUUCAGUUGAGCUAUCUGUAUCACUUAGGAAAACUGACAAGUGCUACAAGGAAAAGUUGGAUGCUUUAAGGAAACACGGGUUGACCACGCCUCAGUGCUUUCCCAUAAGAGUAACAGGUUGGCCAUUAGAGCUGAUGGCAUAUGCUUAUUUAGUAGCGAGCCCAUCAGAUAUGAGAAACCGCUUUGACGAGAUGGCGGCAGCAGCUUCGAACAAGUCAACAACAAAGAAGGACAUAAAGUUUCCAGAGAUUGAGGAGGAAGCUCUUCAGUUCAUCCUGGACAGUUGUGAAGCCAGCAUCUCAAAGUACAGCAAAUUCUUGCAGGCAAGUGGAUCAAUGGAUUUGGACAUAACAUCUCCUAAACAACUUAACCGACGAGUGUUUCUGAAGCAGCUGGCAGUAGACCUGUGCAACAGCGAACGCAGAAUAUUGUACCGUGCCCAAUACAUAUUGAGGAGGAGAUUGAGAGAUAUACGAAGCGGUGAGCUGAAGGCUCUACGGCUCUUCAAUGGCCUGAGGAAUCUCUUCAAAUGAAUACAUUUUCAUCAGGAGGAAGAAAAGGGAGGAUGAGUGUAGGGAAAGAUAUUUUGAUUUGUUUGGAAAAAAAUAUAUUAAAUAUGAUGUAAUAUGAAAAAUUAUACCCACGCAAUAUUGCAGAAUAAGAAUUCCCAAACUGAUUUUAUUUCUUUGAUAA